AGACAGACAGAAAAUCAGUCAGUCUGAUAGUCAGAUAGACAGACAGACAGACAGUCAGUCAGUCAGUCAGACAGACAGGAUGAUGUAAACACCAGCUCUUCAUCACGGACCAGUUGAGUCCAACAGAAACAUGGCCGCCCCCCCGCCGUCUGUCCUGAGGGAGUUCUGCCCGCUGUACUAUCUGCUGAACGCCAUCCCAGCCAAGGUGCAGAGGGGCUUCCGCUCAGUACUCGUCUACCUGACGGCCGUGGACAGCAGUAAAGACUUCGUGGCGGUCGGCAGCAGCAUCGGGAUGAUCUACCUGUUCUGCAGACAACACAACAACAUGCACAGAUACAGCCUGGAGGGGAAGAGUGAUGCGAUCACUGCGGUGAAGCUGCUCAGCUGUUUUGAUGAUCUGGUUGCCGUAGGAACAGCAUCCGGCCGAGUCGCUGUCUUCCAGCUGGUGUCUCCACUUCCUGGUCGCAACAAACAGCUGAGGCGGUUCGAUGUGGUCGGGCUGCACAAAGGCUCCGUGACGGCGCUGGCCUGGAGCACCAAUGGGAUGAAGCUGUUCUCCGGAGACGAUAAAGGACGGGUGGUGUUCUCGUCUCUGGACCUGGACCAGGGUGUGUGUACGCCUAUGUUGCUGCUGGAGGAGUCUUCAGGUGUGGUUCAGGUGGAGUACAGUCACCAGGUGCUGUUGAUCUCCACUCAGCACAGAUCUCUGCUCUACUGCACGCAGAAACAGGAAGUGAUGCAGCUGGGCAGCAAGCCCCGCAAGAGCAGCGGCAGGUAUGGCGCCUGCUUCCUGCCGGCUCUCUGUAAACAGAGUGACCUUCAGGUGUUCGCUGCUCGGCCUGGACUCAGGCUGUGGAGGUCAGAUGUGAGAGGACAGGUGGAGGACACCCGGCUGCUCAGAGCCCUCUUCAGCACACAGAUUCCCCAGUUCGAGCUGUUUCCUCGUCCAGGUCCAAUCGGAGCUUACCGUCCAGCAGAGAGACAGCUCGGCCUGCUCAGCUGUUUCCUGAGAGAGGGCUGGAUCCUCAGCUGGAACGAGUACAGCGUCUACGUCCUGGACUGUCUUAACGAGGUGAUCGUCGGAGCGUUGGAGAGCAGCGGAGACAUCGUGUCGGUGUCGUGUUGUGACAACGAGAUCUUCAUCCUGAAAGGAGACAGAGACAUCAUCCGUCUGUCCAGCAGCCCUGAGGGACAGGCCUCCAGCUUGGUGGACGUCCAUCUGUCCUCCCCUCUGGCCACGCCCACCACCCUCCCACCAAUCGGCUCAGUGGAAACAGCCGAGCCAAUCAGAACCAUGGCUAUCAUAAUUGAGGGAGGGGGGAGGGAGGAGGGGGGAGGAUGGGAGAGGCCGAGCAAGGAGGGAGAGGAGGAAGUGGAGGAGGCCAUGGAGCAGCUGGAGGAGCAGGUGUCCGCCUCUCGCAGCAGCUCGGUCUCGUCAUGGGACGGUCUCCAUGGAAACCAUGUGAUGACAGCUGAUGUGAGACGUUUCAGCGCCUCGUUGGGACAGGAAGACCUGAAGCUGGUGGUGAAGGCUGUCAGAGUGAAGAAGAAGAGGAGGAGGCACACAGACAGCAGCAGCGGGAGCCGGCUCUCGGAGAGCAGCUGCUCAGACUCCAUGUUUGUAGUCCAGGACGGCAGCUGCAGUGAGGGAGGAAGUGGAACCCCUCUGAGUGACAGAACCUCCCUCAUCGGUCUGGACCUGCAGAACCAGGACUCUCCUGAACAGGACCAGAACCUACCGGAUGCAGGAGUACAGGGUGCAGUGGAGUCUGGCUCCACCCCUCCCCCGGACUCCCUGAUCCUCCAGGGUCUGCAGAACCAGCAGAACCCAGCAGAGACCGUCCCCCCCACCCCGGACGUGGACCUGCUGCUGGAGUGCACCUUCUCUUACAUGCACAACACUGACGGGGGGGGGCAGGAGCAGCAGCCAAUGGAGGACCAGGACCAGUUUCUGAGUCCUCUGAUUGGACGAGAGGACGAGGAGGCGAAGGAUGAGGACCUGGCUGCCCCCUCUGGUCUGGCUGAGCAGAUGUUUUACUCCACGGUGUCCAGUCUGGACUGGAAACCCAGUCUGUCCAGUGAUGAGGACGGAGACAUCUAUUGUCCAACUACUGGCAGACGGGGGGACAACCUCAACGAUCCGUCCAGUGAGACCACAGACAGACAGGUGGAACAGGACCCUCAGGACAGAGACACUCACAGACCUGACCAGUUGGCAGAGAGCUGGAUGGGGUACUCGGGUCCAGGAUGUGGAAUACUGAGCCUGCAGGUGACUGACAGGUAUGUUUGGUGUCUGGAUUUCAAAGGAGGUCUGUUCUGCAGCAGUCUGCCUGAAACUGGGCUGAACUGGCAGCGCUUUGAAGACAACGUCCACCAGGUGGCGGUGUCCCCCUCAGGUAACCUGCUGUGGAAGGUGGAGCAAAAGACCCUGACAGCGUUCGCCUGCGCUAAAGUGUCCGCUAAAGGGAAGCGGCACUGGUACAAAGCCACGGAGCAGACGGCCUUCGUGGCUCUGAGCGACGACUCUGCCUGGAUCAUCAGGACCAACGGAGACCUCUACCUGCAGACAGGUCUCAGUGUGGAGCGUCCAUGUGCUCGCUCUGUCCAGGUGGACGUCCCCUGUGUGUUCAGCCAGGUGUGUGUGAGCGGGGGGGCAGUGUGGGCUCUCAGCGAACACAAGGCUCUGUUCUACAGGGAGGGGGUCACCAGCUACUGCAGCGAGGGGGGGGGCUGGAAGUACGACACCGUCAGUGAGGCUCAGGGACUGGACCUGAUGUGUGUGUCUCUGGCUGAGGGGGGGACAGCCUGGGCUCUGGACGCCAGCGGCAGCCUCUGGUUCAGAACUGGGAUCUGUCCAUCCAGACCUCAGGGGGAGGACGACCACUGGUGGCAGAUCAGUAUCUCGGACUACGUGGUCUUCGAUCAGGGAAGCCUGAUCCAGACUCUGCUGGCAGCGACCCAGAGUGUUGCCACGGUAACGCGGGCCCCCGUGGAGCGCGUGGUGGCCUUCCUGUCGCAGCACUCCCAGUGCCAGCCCAGUCUGGUGAGCGCCAACCAGAGGGGGGUCUGGGUCGCCUCGGGGAGGAACCAGCUGCACCUGGCCCGCGGCAGCUUGGUGGGAACCUUCUGGCAGAACGUGGUUCCAAGAGGAACCGUGUCCAGCACCAGGUGGACCUUCAUCACGUCUUCAGCUGUGCCUCACAGAGAAGGUUCCCUCCUGUGGUUGGCUCAGAGCAGGAAGGACCUGUUCUGUGUUUGGGAUCAGGACGGAGAACUUCGCCCCUCCUCGGUCCCUCUUCCACCUGAAAUGGAGGUGUUCCACCUGUCUGCCUGUCCUGAUGCUCUGUGGGUUCUGGACUCUCAGGGCCGGGUCAGUAUCAGGACUCUGUCUCCGUCCUGUCCCUCUGGACUCAGCUGGACCCUGCUGGACCUCAGCCAGCUCGGAAGUGUCCGUCUGGUCAGUGUGAGCUGCGGCCGCCAGAACAUCUGGGCCGUGGACGGAAGAGGAAACGUUUACUUCAGGGUGGGAACCCAGCCUAUGAACCCCAGCAUGAUGCUGCCAGCCUGGAUACAGAUAGAACCACCUGUACAGCCAAUAGGAGUGCAGCUGGUGAGCGUGCAGACCUCCCCUAACGACCGGUUGCUAUGGGCUCUGGACAACAGAGGCAGUGUUCUGGUGAGAACCGGCCUCAGUGACGAGAUGCCAGUGGGGACGGACUGGGAGGCGGUGCCAGGGCUGCUCGUCAGUCAGCUGGUUCUGAGCUGCAGGACAGUUCUGGUUCGAUGCCCUAACGGAGACGUGGCCAGGCGGUACGGCGUCUCGGACCGGAACCCCGCCGGAGAUUACUGGAAGAAAAUACCUGGAAACACCAACUGGUUAACAGUAACUCCGGAUGACGAGCUGUGGGCGGUCACUCUGAGUGGUGGGUUGUCCCGCCGCCUGACGAAGCUCCUCCCACAGACCAUCGGUAGACCCUCCCCCUCAGGCCCCUCCCUCAGCGGGGACGAUGACGAAUGGGAGCUCAUCUGAGGAGUGACAUCACUGAACAUGGUGGCUGCUGGGAGAUGGGACUUUAUUUUGGUUUUACCAAGAAAGCACUUUAUUCUGAAAGGACACAGGAACUCGCUCUGAAGGACAUUAAAGGGACCGUCUUUAUUCCACUGGGAACCAGUUUAAAGACUCAAACUGGUUCCACUGGUUACUUUAGGUACGUUCCUCAUGCUAACUAUAACUCAUAUGGUUCAGAUUAGUUUGACAUGUUAUCUUCAGGCUAACCAUCAAAGGUGAAAUAACUAGAGAUUAAAACAGAUUUUAAAUCUACAAACAUUUAGAUAUUUAAUCUCUGAUACUGUCUUCUGUCUUGUCUGGUUCCACUGGUUCCACUGGUUCCACUGGUUACAGUGAUUAAACUAACCGGUGAAACUAACCGGUGAAACUGAUUGUUUGUGGUUCUCCUCCCGGGGGACAGAUGUAAAAAUGUAAUUAAUGUUCUGUUGAAGUCGUUAAACUGAGAUUAACCCUGGAUUUAUAUCAAACACUUCCCACCUGUGCAGCUGUGGUGUAAACUGAUUGGCUGCUGCAGACCAAUCAGAUUUCAGUGUAAACUCACCCGUAAAUCAAUAAACACGUAGAAACAG